UUUAUUAUGAUUAACAUUUCAUUACAUAGCAGGUCGCACACUGGCAAAGGUGACGCGCACAUUCUAUCUUCUUUAACGAUAGUACAGUGUAGUUCCUAUGGACGCGGUAGUGUAAGACACAGCGUUACAGUUUCAGUAGUACCGCUAUUUGUAAUUUACUAUGUAAAAGACAACCUGUACACAUCUGGAGGAUGGUUAAUUUCACUGCUACACGUCUAGUGGCUUUGUUGUUGAUUUCUGUAGUUAGUGGAAUCUUUUUAGAGGAUAUGUACCCCUACCCAUACAACGGAAUAGCAGGAGCUGACGAUCAGCUGUUAGGUCCAACAGAUGAUGGAAGUUCUCCUGUCAUCUAUUUCAACUUUAAGUUUUUCAACAAGGCCUACGACACGAUUUACGUUAAUAAUAACGGGCAUCUUUCCUUCACUGGUCAGUAUUCCCGAUACUCUCCCCAACCGUUUCCAGACACUGCUCCAUUGAUCGCGCUGUUUUGGAUAGAUGUCGAUACUCGCACAACUGGCGAGGUUUGGUACAAGCUCACAAAUGACUCUGCUCUCCUCACUCGCGCCAAAGCUGACAUUGCAAACUACUAUGACAAUCAAACUACAUUCCAACCGACCAGCGUUUUUACAGCAACAUGGCUAGAUGUUCCAUACUAUAAUGCCGCUGGAGUUGAUGCGACGAAGAGGAAUACUUUCCAGGUAGUUCUAGUGACGGAUGGAGUCAAAUCCUUUGCAAUGUUCCAUUACCAGACCAUAGAAUGGGCCGGGUAUGCGAAUGGUAAUACACACGCUAUGGUUGGAUUUAAUGCUGGAGACAAUGUAAAUAGCUACACCUUGAACAAUUAUAAUUACGAUGACAUCACCAACCUUGAAUACAGAUCUAACAUUGGUGUUCCUGGAAAGUUCAUCUUCCGAGUUGACGGGACAGCAAUAUUAGCGGCUGGUGAUGCUAUACUAAUGGGUAAGUUUCAGUUAUUUUGCUCCUAAAUAUUUAUGGCUAAGCUUCAUAUGAAUAAGUAUGAUAUAUAUUUUUUAUUCUUAAUCAGUAUUAAUUUUAAUCUUAUUUUUGUAAUAAAGCUAUACAUUAUAAAAUUGAUUGAUGUUUAUUGCACAAAUCUGACAUUGUAUGAAUUAAAUUGUUACUCUUUGAUGUAUUCAGUUUUUAUUGUAUAUUACUUCGUUAUUUUAUUGAAUUACUACAUAUGUGUAUGUUAAGUAUUUGUAAAUACAUAUCAUAUAUAUACAAAAUAAUAAUAAUAAUAUACGAUAAUGUUUUCAAAUCUCGAUUAUUUACAUUUGAUCUCUGAUAACGAAUUCAUAACUUUACGUGCUGUAUUCAAAUUCUCAUGCUGAUAUAAGUGAACAUAUCUAUAUGUGCGUACAUGUGUAUAUCUUAUUGAAAGUGAAAAACAAAUCAAAUGAUAUCAUAUUUCUUUUAUAGUAUUUGAUAAUAUACAUGUAGGUAAAUAAAUUGCAAUCAUAGUAAUUGUCCUUGUAUCUGCAUUGAUGUAUACUGUUAAUUACAAAUCAAACAUCUAUAAUUUGUAUACAAAAACACAUGGUACAACACACUGCCAGGAUUGGAGUGCAAACCCGGACAACAACUGGUACACAUUUACAUUGGUUUGAUACAUCGUAACAAACAUCUAACUAUAAGGAAGGAACUGGGACCGGCUCAUGGAAGCUGAGGACAAACAAUGCUUCCAGCGACAAAUAUAAUUACUCAGAAGGCGUCUAUGAUGUGGUACCUGUUGACUGUGACGAUUUAUUGUACAGUCAAUAAUGUCACGGGCAACUUUCAAAGGCACAUAUAGAUUUUGGUCACAUAAGACGGGAGUCCUCUACCACAGACCAGAUGUUUACAAUGUUACCAACUCUACGUGUGUAUAUACAUGCAAAUGUACAAAUGUAUAUAUUGAAGAAAACUGUACUGGUGUCGUAUAUUUACUGAUUAAAAGAGAAAAAAAUAAUCAAUUAAAAUUGUGCUGAAUAAUUAAAUUAUAUGUAUUAAAAUAUUUCCCUUUUA